AUGUCAAAUAACAACCGUGUUCGAGAAGGCGUUCUGGUUUCCAACGCAGAGCCCGAUAGGCAGCUUUGUAGCACCCUCACAGCAGGCAGAGCCACAGCAGAGACAUGUGCAAGAGCCGACGAGGUCUGCGAGUUUCCGGUCAACACUUUGCAGGAAAAGGAUGACAGCGACGGUGGUGAUGACGCGCAGUGUGCAGCCGACCAUAAUAAUUCCCAGGCAGAAUUCAAAAUGCGGGCGCAGACGUAUGCGGGCAGGCCGUUCAGAGCCCCAGCUAAUGAGCAGGCAGGGAGAUAUGAGUCUGCAGGGCGCGCGGCAAAUGUAGACGAGUCCAGUUUUGCUCAGAGGUACGGCAGUCCCACUCGUGCAACGGCGGACAUGAACCUGGGGCUUCGGAUUAUCACCGGCAGGUCAGAGCAGAAUGACAACAGUUUUUAUAGCAGACAGAGGGCGACCACAACGCAGGCCACUCCAUUGUCGGCACGGUCUGAGCGGUACCGGGGAGCUGGGUACGUGUCGCCCGACCCGUAUAUGCCCGUUGAAGCUUGCACCGAGCGCAUUGAGCGCUUGCUUCAGAAGGUGCAGGACACGCGCCGCGAAACCGAGGCGCAGAAUGCGUUUACAUCUCCUAAGACGCCGACCAGGUUUGAUGUUGGUGCAGGGUCACAGAAUCCGGCACAGCAGCAAACCUUGCGUCAGAGACAGCAGCAGCAACAGCAGCCGCAGAAGCAGGUGCGCCCGGAUACGUCUAGCACCGUGAGUACGCUGAGCUUGAGCAUUGGGUCUGAUUGCGAGGGGCUGGGGCUGCGCAUCCAGAAUGAUUUGGUGAUUAGGGAGGAGGCGAGCGGCAUGUACAGCCCUCGCCGCCGCGCUGCCACUGUGGGAGCAGGGCCGGAUGACAAAAGCAGCGCUUUGAUGGAGCAGCGCCGGCGGCUGCACAGUGGGGUGGAGGCGCGUGGGCUGCGGCCCGGUGCGAGUAAUUCGAAUAUUGCCGAGCUGCACAUGAAGAAGGAGCGACUGCGGGCGCGCAGGGCAGCGCGGCUGGCGGAGCAGGCGGCCGCCGACGAGGCCGAAGCGGCCGGCGAUGGAGUUCUGUCGCCCCAGCUGCUCUGGACAACCCCAGGAAAGGCAGCGCUGGGCAGGCCGGGGUUGUCCAGCCUCUCAGGGUCAAUGUGUUCUGGCAUACCCGCUGACGACAUUUUCUUUGAAAACAGCGGCCUGCGGGCCAUGCUCCAGGAGCUGCCGAUGUCGCUCAAGGACAUUGAGUGGGACAAGCGCGUGCACUACUACCACGUAGCGCAGACCGACCAAGUGUUCCGCGAGGCCACUGAGACCGCUAACAUUGCCGACUGCCGUGAGGAAUGCCUCCAGUAUCUGUUGGGCGAGCGCGGCGUGGCGCGGCUGCUUUCGCAUCAGGCUUCUUCUGCGCCAACAGCAGCAGAAAAGGCAAAGCCCGGCUCGGCUGGCGGCGUGGCCAGCGGAGUCGUCGGGCCCAGCAGGGCUGAGGUCGACGCCAUGGCUGACUGGAUUGACGAUGACAGCGACGUAUUCAGCGACGAGGGCGACCACUCAUUUGACUGGUCGCGGGACGGCUUUGGCUACAUGGAGUUCCGUCGCGCAUCGCGUGCAUCCAUGGCGUCGGGCAACGUGUACUCGCCCAACGCCGCGCAGCAGCAUGAGCAGCGAGCGCCUGGCAGCCGCUGCAGCGUCGUUUGCGGCGGCGGCUCAGCCAACAACACCUUUGCCGAGCAUGGGCGCACAUCGGCGUUGUCGGCGGCACACGAUGAGUCGCAGGGCGCAUCAAUGUCGAUGCUGGGCACGGCGGCAGAUUCUGGAUCGGCAUGGUCGCUUUCGCCCGUGACUGCGUGCGCGGCCGCCGAUAAUUUUAACGAUGCCAUUUCGCUGGCCGGGGGAGCGAUGCCGCAGGGCGGUGGCCGCGACCCCUCAGGCGCUCAGCCGGCGAACUUUGGGCAGCUGCUUUCGGAUCGGCGCUCCAGCCUUGGGCUGCGCCCAGGCCCGCCGUCAGCCACGUCGCAGCAUCCGCAGCAGCAGGCAGCGCUUUCGUCGGACUUCCAGCAGGCGCUCCCGCGGAUCCAGGAGAGCGGCGAUAUGGAUGUCAGUGAUGACAAGUGGCAGAUGCUGGCGUUCGAGGAUACAGCCAGCGCAUCUGUCAUCAAGGGCGACCGCGCAAUGGCGAGGGUGCAGCUGGCGAGGCUGCGCGCUGAGAACGCAGAGAUUCGCGAGGAGAUGGAGCAUGCACAGCGGGCCUUGAGUGCGCUUCAGAACAUUUACCUGCGUUGCUAAAAUGUCGCCUCCAAUCCUCCCUUUUUUCACGACCAACUCCCCAAUUUAUUUAUUUUACUGCAUUGACACCCCUCGUCUCUCUUUCAUUUUUUGAUCACAGCAAGGUCGGUUUUGACACGCAAUGGCAGUGCAAAGACGGGCUCGCAACGAGCGAGGCGGGGCCUCGUCUUGUAUUUUGAUUUUUUCUUGCAUUGUUGUGUGUCGUAGCGACGAUCAAAAAUUAUCAGUGGAGAUCGACAUUGGAAAAAAAAGGCUGAACCCACAAAAUGCAUCACACGCAAUAAUAAAUGUGUGGGCUAUUUUGGAGACCACGGGCCCGCUUACUUAUUUUUUUUUACCCUGCUGAACCGAAACUGGUUUUAGGCACUGCAAGUGGUUUUUUUCUGUAAGCGAGUUUUUUGUGCUUCGGGUUUCCAAAAUGCAUCAACAAAAUUCAAAGC